AUGGGUCAUCUAACAACUGAACAGAAAGAGUUUUACAAGAAGAAUGGUUACGUUGUAGUAAAGAAUGUAUUGUCUGAAGAGGAGUUGAAUGAGAUUUCUAAAGAGUAUGAUGAACUGUUCGCACGGAAGAACCAGGAGAAGAUGGAAAGCUCGUGGGCGGGAAGUGACGCAAAUGAUAGGAAAACUGAUAGUAAUUACACGGUAAAAGGCAUUCACAACUUGCAAUACCACCAUGCAGUCUUUGCUUCAUUUCUGUACAAUAAGAAACUCCUAGACGCUUUGGAAGACAUAAUGGAAACGAACAAUAUCGUGCUGCAUCACACCAAGGCUCAUCUCAAACCUCCUGAAAAAGGAGCUGCUUAUCCGAUGCACCAGGAUUACCACUAUUUUCCGUAUGAAAAAGAUUCGAUGGUUGCGGCCUUUCUUCAUUUGGAUGCGUCUGGACCAAAUAAUGGAGGUCUGUGCGUUUACCCAGGGUCGCAUAAAUUGGGACCACAGGAAGAUGUUGGGGCUAAAGAAUCUAACUUCCAUUAUGUCGACCAGUUGAAAUUUCCUGUAGAUGGCGCUACUGCGGUGCUAGCAGACCGUGGCGAUGUAGUCAUAUUCUCUUAUCUCUUGAUCCACGGUAGUCCAGCCAACGUAUCAACAAGACCUCGCAGAAUGCUACUACUGCAAGUGGCAGCUGCCGACGACAAUCCAUUGGGUGAUCAACCCGUGAGACCUGGGCAAGGAUGGCUGCUUAGGGGAGUAAACAUUAACAGAGAUGCUAGUAUUUCCAAAAGAUUUUAUAACUAA